ACCCACUCAGCUGCUUUGCUUGAUCAAGUCUCCGCCUUUCACUGUCAGAUGCUCUGUCUCUUUCUCCUCCUCCAACCACCACCGUGCCUCCUUAGGUGAUUUUACUAAAAUGAGUACUGAAGAAUCAAAUGAGUCAGCUGCUCCUCUAUGGAAAUUUGUUACUAAACUGCCUAAUUUUGGAAUACAAGCUUGUGUUAAGGUUGGAGAUGAGUAUCAGAAUGAAAUGCAGAAAUUAGAAGAUGCGUAUGAGGAAUCUUUGUGUAGACCGAAGAAGCCUAAGCUAGUGUCUUUACCAACUGAUUUUGCUAGUAGUCCUAAUUUGGGUCCUAGUGAGAGUGGUACAGCUACAAGUCAUCCAUUUUUUCAGAAAAAAAAAGGGGUUGGGAAUUCUCCUUUGGAGAAGGCUUUUAACAAUCAAUGUCGAGAGCAAUUAGAUUCUCUUAUUGCUAGGACAUUUUAUUCUGCUGGUUUACCCUUUCACUUUGCUAAGAACCCGUAUUGGAUUGAAAUGAUCAAAUUUGCAGCUAAUAAUAAUUUAGUGGGCUAUGUUCCUCCGGGUUAUAAUAAAUUAAGAACAACUUUGUUGCAUAAAGAGAGGGCACAUAUUGAGAAGUUGUUGAAGUCAAUUAAAGAAACUUGGAAAGAAAAGGGUUUAAGCAUAGUAAGUGAUGGGUGGACAGAUAUUCAAAAAAGGCCACUUAUUAAUUUUAUGGCUACAUCAGAGAAAGGGUCACUUUUUAUCAAAUCCAUUGAUGGUACCAAAGAGUACAAAGACAAGCACUUCAUUUCUGACUUGUUUCUAAGGGUCAUUGGUGAAGUUGGGCAUCAACAUGUUGUCCAAAUUAUUACUGAUAAUGCAUCUGUUAUGAAGACUGCAGGAUCUAUUGUUGAAACUGAAUAUCCUCAUAUAUUUUGGUCACCUUGUGUUGUGCAUACCCUCAAUUUGGCCUUGAGGAAUAUAUGUGCACCUAAGAACACUUUGCAGAAUGAGGUUCCAUAUAAUGAAUGUAAAUGGAUUGCACAAGUUGCAGAUGAGGCAACUUUCAUUCGUAUUUUCAUCACAAAUCAUUCUAUGAGAUUAGCAAUUUUUAAUUCAUAUUCCCCUUUGAAGCUACUUGCUGUUGCUGAAACACGAUUUGCUUCAAUAAUCAUCAUGCUUAAAAGAUUGUUUCAAGUAAAACAGCAUCUUCAAAAUAUGGUCAUUGGUGAGGAAUGGAUGUCAUAUAGAGAAGAUGAUGUAGGAAAAGCUCAAACUGUGAGGGAUUAUGUUUUGAAUGAUUUGUGGUGGGACAAGGUUGCAUAUAUUCUGAGAUUCACAGGACCUAUUUAUGAGAUGCUUCGAGUGGCUAACAUGGAUGCACCUAUUCUUCAUAAGGUGUAUGAAAUGUGGGAUUCCAUGAUAGAAAAUGUGAAGAAAGAAAUAUACCGGCAUGAAGGCAAGGAAGACUAUGAGGAGUCUCCAUUCUAUGAGGUGGUACAUAGUAUACUCAUUGAACGGUGGACUAAAAAUUGCACACCACUUUAUUGCCUAGCACACUCCUUGAAUCCGAAGUAUUAUACUAAUCAAUGGAUUGAGGAAGUCAGAGGCCGUGUUGUGCCACAUAAGGAUGCUGAAAUUUCUGGGGAGAGGAACAAGUGCCUCAAAAGAUUCUUUCCUGAUCCUGAUGAUAGGAGAAAUGUUGCUAUGGAGUUUGGCUUGUUUUCAAGAAUUAUGGCUUAUGAUAAUGAUAACAUGGAUGAUAGGUGGACCUUCGAUCCAAUGGUUUGGUGGUCAAAUUAUGGGUCCAAGUUACCAAAACUUCAAACUUUAGCUCUAAAGCUUCUUGGACAGCCUUGCUCAUCAUCAUGUGCUGAGAGGAAUUGGAGUACAUAUGGCUUCAUCCAUUGUAUGAGGAGAAAUAGAAUUGCUCCUAAAUGUGCUGAAGAUUUAGUGUUUGUUCAUUCUAAUCUUCGACUUCUUUCAAGGAGGAGGGAAGAGUACACUAAAGGAAACUCUAAGAAGUGGGACAUUGGUGGAGAUACUUGGGAUGAACCAUUUGGAGGACCUGGGUUGCUUGAGAUUGCUCAUCUCACACUAGAUGAGCCAGAGAUGGAGAUAAGUCUUGUUGAGAAUGAUGACUAUGCUGAUGAUGAUGAUGUUGUUCUGGGAUAAUCUUGAAAGUUUAAAACUUGUUUUCCUUUUAUGUUUUUAGUUUGAUGUUGAAUGUAGCCUAU